AUGGUCGCUUCAUAUACGGCGGGACACGUGAGCUUCUACUCGGAUAUAUUGAGUAUUUCUCGCCACACAUGCCUCCAGAUCCACCGGGGCACUGCUUGGAUGGUGAGCGGCUUGUUAGUUCUACAUGUUGUCCUAAUUUCCACUAUCCAGAGAGGUCUCUCAUUGGAUCGAACGAGCAACGUUUUUGCACUUACUGGGGGCGGAUGUGUAGUGGGACUCGCAGUCUUUGCACUGCCGUACAUUCACCGUCACAUCUUCGAAGUGUUCCUUCGAACCCAUCAGGUCCUUGCAUAUAUUCUUUUAUAUGUGACAUGGCGGCAUGUUGGAUCUGUCAAUCGCCUUUCAAGGAUUUGUAUCAUUACUACAUUUGUGUUGCUUUCAAUAGCACUUCUACUACAGCUUGGCUUCCUGAUCUAUCGGAAUAAAGUUUUCUCGUUGCAUGGAUGGCCUCGGGCGCGGGUUUCCUGUAACCGCCCGAAAAUCGAAGGCAAAGAUGAUUCUGAUGUAAUCAUUCAAGUUCGCGUGGCUCUCACACGACCGGCCAGGAUUGAAGCGGGACAGUACAUCAAUUUGUGGAUGCCUUCGGUGACCUGGUGGUCAUGGGCACAAGUACAUCCAUUCAUGGUCACCUCGUGGUCUCACAGCGCCCAGGAGGCGCUGGACAUACUGAUUCAGCCUCGGCAUGGGUUUUCUCGCGAAUUACUAAAGCAUGCCCGUGCGGCUCCACAGGGAUCUGCUUCGUUGCGCGCGUUGAUCAUCGGACCACAUGGCAUGAGUGAAAACGUCGAUCGCUAUGAGAGUGUUGUGCUCGUGGCAAGUGGCUUUGGUAUCGCAGCCGCCAUUCCGUAUCUCAAAAAGCUCGUGUAUAGCUACAACACCUCGGCAUCUCGAACGAGAAGAGUGCAUCUUGUAUGGGAGGUUGAAACUCUUGAUAUCGCGAUCGCGGUGCAAGCAACCCUGAACAGCCUACUUGAAGAUGACAUCUUAAAAAAGCGUUACAUCUUGACCAUCUCGAUCUAUGUGAAAUCCGGUCAGAUCAUUGGCGACGUGAUGAAAUUCGGAAACCACGACCGAGCUGUUGUUUACAAUCGACGUGCAGACUAUGAUCAGAUCCUGCAGGCGGAAAUUUCUGGGGAGCUCAUUGAAAGACUUCCGAACACCCAAGAAGAGAAGGGAGAGUCAUUAGUGAUGGUGGCGGCAUCCUGUCAGGUCCGCGAUCAGAUUCGAUUAGUUCUUCGAGACUUUGUACACCAGAAAGCGAAAAUGGCUACCCUUGAGUUUCAGCCUUGA